AUGAGUCGCUUGCAAAUGCAAAAUUGACUUUGAAGCACUGCGAUGACCUCCUCUGAUGCAACGAACUAGUCACGUGAUGGGUUAGAGAACUCCCGCGUCAUUCGCUCGGGAAAAAGUUUAUACAUAUAAACACUGUAGAAUGGCAAGGCUAUGAAACAGCCAUAUGUUAUGCUGAUCGGAGCUCAUUGCAGUUUGCGAAUCAUUUCUGCAUCACGAACACUGCAUCUCGUGUUUCCAAAGCACAGAGCUAUAGUGACAACAACAAUUCGAACAACACCAAUGACGUCUCCUCCAGACUACACAUCUUGGAGUCACGCCGACCUUAUCCAGCGUGUGUCGGAGCUUGAAGUCCAGCUUCGUGCAAAGAACGACCAAGUCAGGAAGAUUACAAAUGGGCCCACAAGCUCUUCAACUUCUCAUGAUCCUCCGCGGAAGAAGCCAAGAAAGGCGCCGAAGCAGUUCGACCCGAGCAGGUACACGACGCGCUUGAUUGCAUUGAAAUUCGCCUAUCUAGGCGGCAACUACAAUGGCUUCGAGCACCACACCAACAAUACCACACCUCUGCCAACGAUCGAAGAGGAGGUUUGGCGGGCGCUGCACAAGACCCGCCUUAUCUUCCCAACACGAAAGGUCGGACAAAGGGAAGAUGAGGUGACAUGGGAUGGCUGCGAUUAUAGCAAAUGUGGACGCACAGAUCGUGGUGUGAGUGCUUUUGGACAAGUCAUAGGCAUUCGGGUGCGAAGCAAUCGGCCGAAACCACGAAAUCCAGCUGCACUGCGGCAGAGCGAAGCGAAUGCUCCUGAUGAUGUCGCGGGAGUGGAGAGCGAUCUUCAGACUGGGCUAGACUCAGCAGAGACCGAUGUCGAGUCCACUUCCGCCAUGGUACCAUUUGAUGAUGUGCGCGACGAGAUCCCAUAUGUUCAGAUGCUGAACAAGGUACUGCCGCCAGACAUCCGCAUGCUUGCGUGGUGCGCGCGUCCGCCGCCAGACUUCUCCGCCAGGUUCGACUGUAGAGAGAGGCGGUAUAGGUAUUUCUUCACUAAUCCCGCAUUCUACCCAAUGCCUGAGCGGAGGUCGGAACAUGACAAGCUCCAGGCCGGCCAGACCACGGAUGAGGGUUGGUUGGACAUUGAGGCCAUGGGAGCAGCAGCCAAAAAAUAUGAAGGACUUCAUGAUUUUAGAAACUUCUGCAAAGUCGAUCCAAGUAAACAGAUAACCAAUUUCCAGCGCCGCAUAUUUCACGCCGGAAUCCAUCGGGUUCAUGGAGACUCAAUAGAGAAGAGCAGUGGCGCAGAACCGCGAGGCCUGGCACCGCCUGAAUUAUACUACUUCGAGGUCCGAGGUAGUGCCUUUCUGUGGCACCAGGUCCGGCACUUGGUGGCUGUACUAUUCCUGGUUGGCCAAGGCUUCGAAGCGCCAGCUAUCGUGGAUACGCUCCUAGACAUCUCCCGCACACCAGCAAAGCCGUUAUAUGAGAUGGCUAGCGACGUGCCUCUGGUUCUUUGGGAUUGCAUUUUUCCUGCUCGCGAAGAGGCUGCGAACGGCGACUAUGCAUCGGAUCCUGCAACAGUGGUCCCUAGCUUUGAAAAUGCCAUGGAAUGGAUUUACAAUGACAGCGCAGACAACGGACAGAUCCAGAUUCUACAGUCUAAGGACUCGGUGCUCAAUACGAGACAGCGUCGUGACGUGCUGAUGGACGAUCUGUGGGCUCUUUGGCGAAAGCGUCGCAUCGACGAAGUUCUGGCCUGGGGAUUGAUGGGUGCAGUUGCGAUGCAGGAUCGUCGUCGACAGCCAGCAUCGAUCGGAUCAAACAACGUUAUCGGGGACCGGAGUGACAGAAUUUUCGAUGGCGGCGAGGCCUCCAGAACUGUAGGCACUUAUAUUCCCAUCACGCAGCGUGCUUGCAUGGAAGAGCCGGACGUCGUUAACGCGCGAUACGCGACACGGAAGGGUAAGAAACUUGACUCGAAAGGUCCGACUCCAGAGGGAACAGAACUCUAGGAUUAAAUCCGAAGAACAAUUAAUGUUUGCGAAAGUCUCAGGUCUUUGGCUCAUAAAGACACGCCUUCGCUCCUCUCCACACCUUUUCCAAGACUUCGCGUCCUGGCAUGAUUUU